CUUUUUGCUAUCAUAUGCAAAUGUUUUGGUGGGGGGUUUGGGGGCCCCCCUGGAGUGCCCAUGUGUUGGUAAUCCGGCCCUGCUUCUUUUCCCUCUCUCACCCCUCACUGGUCCUGCCUGGCCCUGCAUUUGGAAGGUUGGUCUUGUGAAAAAAAAUCCCUGACAUCUGAGGAGCUCCCGGGAUUUAGCAAGCAUGCCUAGUGGUCGCAGCCUGCUCUGAGGAAACGGGGUGUACAUUCGAGUCAUACCAAGCAAAGCCUGCGUGUCAGUGCAGUCGACUUUACAGCUGGCUGUAAGGUUAGGAAGAACUGGCGCUACUUUUUUUUGUCUGAACAUACAUUUAUACAAUCUUUACAAGUAUUAUAAAAACUCCAUUUUGAAUUUUGUCGGGAACUAUUUUAAAGCGUUUUUACCUUGAUUCGAUGCUAUUAUUUUUGCGCGUAGAAAACUUGAGCCGAAGGCUGGGCCUUUUUAGCUGCUCUGUGUCGACCGACUCGUCCACGUAAAUUUAAACUGACUGCAUCGUUUUCCCCUCUCGACUCGGUUGGAAGCAAAAAAAAGCUGGUCUUUUUUGCUAAACUGUUAAAUGCUUGUUUCAAAAAUGGAUCUGUUGAACUAUCAGUACCUGGACAAAAUGAACAACAACAUCGGCAUACUCUGCUAUGAAGGCGAAGCAGCGCUGCGAGGUGACCCCAGGAUGCACCAGUCCAUGUCCCUGUCAUCAUCUGGCGGCACCAACCAUAGUCACCGGACAGGUCCUCCUCCCAUCAGCCCCGGCAAGAGGAAGCACAGUCUCAGCCACAGCACAGGACAGGACCAACAGGACAAUGAUGACCAAGACUGUGACAACCAACACGUGGCCAAGAUGAGCCGGCUGUUUGCUGCACAGCUAGGCAAGCCUUCCAACGGAAACUAUCGUAGUUCCAAGGACCCAAGGGACCGAAGCCGCAGCCCCAUAGAGAGAGCCGCCGCCCCCUCCAUGGGUCUCCAUGGCAACCACCACCUGUACGCCCCCCACCACCACAUGCCCAGCCUGGCCAUGGACCAGCCUCUCGCCCUGACUAAAAACAACAUGGACGCCGCCCGCACCCUCGCCAUCUCGCCCACCGUCAGUCCUGUGGAACGCCAGCAGAAUCGUCCGUCAGUGAUAACGUGCGCUCCGGCCAACAACCGUAACUGUAACCUGUCUCACAACGGCUGUUCCAACAACCUGCCCAACAACUACAGCAGGAGACCAGCCAGCAACUCCAAUACGGUGUGUGUUGACCCGGUGAUCGAGGAGCAUUUCCGCCGCAGCCUGGGGAGGAACUACAAACAGCCGGAACCCGUCACUAACUCUGUGUCCAUCACCGGCUCUGUGGACGACCACUUCACCAAGGCCUUAGGAGAGACCUGGCUGCAGAUCAAAGCCAAAGGAAGCUCCUCCUCCUCCCCUGACUCGUCUCCCAACAGUCACAUGGUCAACCACAGCCACUCCCCCUCGGUUGUGUCCUGAAGGGAGGGACUAGAGUAGGCCAAUCAGAGCCAGAUAUACCCCGCCCUGUUCACUGUAACCCACCACAGGGCUGGUUAAACCGCUACUGGGAGGGGGUUUUGGGGUUUUGCUCCAGCCCUGCACUAACGCCAUCUAACACACCUGGAGCAAGAUCCCCGAGGAGUAACAGAUUUUAGAUCAGGGUCGUAUUCACUUAGUUUUCUGUUAUUUAGCUAUAAUGUGCACAAAUGCAUACGAUCCAGGUGUGCUUUAUAACAGGGCUGGAGCAAAACCCUGCAUCCUCCAGUUUCUCUCUAGCCGGGAAGAGGGGUUGGCCUCGGUCCCUGGUAUAAGACUACCCUGAAUGAUUUUGGCCCCACAGAGAGCUGUGUUAGUAGCUAGCUAUAUAGCCAUGUACAUAACCAUAGAGGAUAGAGGGGGGGGUUUCCUUUUUGUCAUUUAGUUGGAUUGUGUUAUUUUGUAGGUUUGCGUUAUUGGAUGCCCAAAAACGUUGACAAGAAAAACUAAACGUGAGGAGCCUUUGUUUCUAUCCUAUGGAUUCUAUAUGGAGAGGCAGCUCAACCAACCACAUGCCUUCGUUACCAAAGAGAACUCGGAUGCAAAUCUGUCGCCCCAUUUUUUAAAAAAGAAAGAAAGAUACAUUAUUUUUAUUUCACCCAUCCGAUUUAUUUGCCUUUCCAUCUCUCUAGCACCCCACUGUAAAGUAUCGUCUCCCAUCAUCUACCCUUCUCUCCUCCCAUCUCCUCUUCUCUCCUCUCUCCUCUACACUCUCCUCUCUCCUCUACCCUCUUCUCCCCUCUCCC